CUAGAGAACGUAGUGAGAGAAUCAUCGAUAGGUCACUAUUUGACAUUAUAUUGAGUGAUUGUUACAGUAUUAAAAAGGGGUUCGCAAGAUGGCGUUCAAGUCAUCCAUAGGUGUUGUUUUCUUGGCGUGUCUAGUUGUAUUAGCAUCAUCAGCAGUUCCAAAGAACGGAAAGAGGAAACCAGUGAAUCCACCAGCGCGCGCUGCCGCCGAUGACGCUGAACGAGAUGCGGAGAUCACAAACUCUUGUCCAGACGACGGUUUCUUUGCGGAUGCCGAGCAGUGUGACAAAUACUACGAGUGCAGAGAUGGCAAGAUUAUAGAAAAGCUUUGUCCUGAUGGUAUGGUGUUCAAUGACUACAGCCCAGAUGAGGAGAAAUGUGACCUCCCGUUCAACAUCGAUUGCUCUCAGCGUCCUAAGCUACAAACUCCCAUCCCCGCCCAGCACUGCCCACGUCAAAAUGGAUACUUUUCCCACUCAGACCCUAAAGAAUGCGGUAAAUUCUAUUACUGUGUGGACGGCAAGUUUAACAUGAUCACGUGCCCUGAUGGUCUCGUGUACAACGACAAAAGCGGUAUCUGCACCUGGCCCGAUGAGGCUAAGAAGAAGGGUUGUGGAGCUGCUGAUGUCUUCCAAUUUGACUGUCCUCUUGUAAAUGAGACUUUCGGUUUGACACAUCCUCGGUACGCUGACCCUGAGGACUGCCAGUUCUUCUAUGUAUGCAUCAAUGGCAACACCCCUAGACGCUCCGGUUGUAAGCUCGGACAAGCCUUCGAUGACGUCAACAAGAAGUGUGAAUGGGCGAGAAAGGUGCCUGAAUGCGCUGAUUGGUACAAGGGACAGCUAACAGACUCCGAAUUGGAUGCCCUAGAGAACCCACCUACGCCUAAACCCAAACCAGCCGGCUCUCCAUCACGUCGCAAGCCAAUGCGCCCAGGAAAGGGGAAACAAAUCGAGGUUGACGAGGAAUAGAUUUAAGUAGUUAGGCUAAUAAAGAAUAAUUUUACAAUAG